AUGAGUGCGCGACAUGAAAUGGAGAGACAAGCGACAUUGGACUACCAGCGUGAAAUGGCGAUACGGCAAGAAGUGGAGGCACAAAAGCGACAAGAGGCAGAACAAGAAAAGCGGACGCAGCGUCUAGUUCAGGAAGAGGUACAAAAGGCAGUUUCCGCCAACCCGAAUACAGCCUCGUCGUCUACGGAUUCUUCACAGCAGCCCUUACAACAGCUUCAAAACUCACCGCCGCCGUCUUACCCUCCCGCUUAUCGCGAAUCCAAUGUCAGUUCAGGGCAUGCCACUCCCACCAAUUCCAGGCAGGUCUCUGCGAGAGAUGAUGUUUACAAUGAUCAAAAAGCCGCGGUUAGUACCGAGGCUGAGGCGGUUGGCAAGACUCGUCAUUGUACACACUGUGGCGUUGUCUGUCAAAUGCAAGACAGAUUUUGUUGGAAAUGUGGUGCGAAACAUGUUGUACAAGAUGACUGA